UACGAACGGACUUGUGUGCCACGGUGUUACGUUCCGUCGAAUGGGUCGUUCGACGCCGCUUGGAAAUCCUGCUUUAAUCUUUUAGCGGUAAAGCCGGCUUGAAGUCUGUUGCACCGUGAAGAUAGCGCGAGUCCGCGAUCGGUCGACCGACAACGAGUCACUCGAGCGAUCAAUCGAGUUCGCCGCGACACGCGUGAAAUGUGUGACUGAUUCUCUCGAACGGUCUGCGCGAACAGACUGAUUCUUCGAUCGGUGAAUGUGAAAAUCGCUUUUUGAUGUGAACCAACUGCUACUCGGGGAUAAAUGAUUUUCUGUGCUUUUGUUUUUAAUUGUGUCAAAAUAGUGACUCAAUGUGCAAGUACAUGCUUAAAAGUACAUUAAACUUGGUAUUUAGCAUGUGAUUUCAUGUAAACUGCUUGAAAUGCAGUUGCAUAGAUUUUGGGGGGAUUUACAAAAAUUUUUAAAUGAAGAUUUCGGAGUGUAAGCUGUUCUUGUAAUACGGAUAGGAGUUGUGGUGCUCUUUUUUUUUUACAAGUGUUCGGAUAAUUGGCACAAUGGGAGAAAUCGUAGAAAUUUCGCAAGGCGAUGGUCAACAAAACGCAGUGAACGGUUGGGGCGACACUAUGGGCAAAAUACAGUACUGGUGUCCUGAAGGUCAGCAGAGUCAGCAGGGCGAACAGGAGUUGGCGACGAAGAUGCUGCAGAUCCAGAGCAAAAGAUUCUAUCUCGAUGUAAAACAGAACAGACGUGGGAGGUUUAUCAAAGUAGCCGAGAUCGGCGCAGAUGGAAGGAGAAGCCAAAUCUACCUGGCGCUCAGCACAGCAUCCGAGUUUCGAAACUACCUUUCGACGUUUAGUGACUUUUAUGCAUCCCUAGGUCCACCAACCUCGGAGAACGUGCCAGACGACGGGAAACUGAAGUCGGAAGUAAUGACGAAGGAUAACAGGCGGUAUUACUUGGACCUCAAGGAAAAUACACGCGGCCGUUUCCUGCGGGUGAGUCACCCUGUGUCGCAGACGAUCACACGAGGAGGACCUAGGACGCAGAUCGCGAUACCAGCACAGGGUAUGAUUGAGUUCCGUGACGCGUUGACAGAUCUCCUCGAAGAGUACGGUACGGACGAUGGCGGUUUCAAGGGUGACUUGCCAGAGGGACGGUACAUGCGCGUGGAUAGCAAGAAUUUCUAUUUUGAUAUCGGCCAGAAUAACCGCGGUAUCUACAUGAGAAUUUCCGAGGUGAAGACACACUUUAGAACAGCAAUCACCGUACCAGAGAAAUCUUGGGCGCGUUUCCGUGAUAUAUUCGCAGAUUACUGCGAAAGAAUGAGAGAAAGAGGUGCUGGAAGCAACGUGGGCAUGAACAGCGGCGGCGGAGGGACCGUCUUGAACGAGGGGAGAGUAGGCACGGUGGUGCCACAGGUACCAUCACCAUCGACCUCACAACAGCCUAACCCCAAUCCAAAUUUAGACUCUCCCUUAAUGAAGUGAAAAAGGCUUUAACUUAACUCGAACAUUGGAAUUAUAACCGUAACUCGUUUUCAAGUCAUUAAGCGAACUAAAGGAACUUGUCAGAGUCUAUGCCAUCGUCAUCGCCAUUUUCAUCGACAUCGACAUCGUCAUUGUCACCGUCACCGUCACCGUCAUCGUCAUCGUUAUCGCCACCGUCACUAUCACCGUCACUCGUCGUCAACUAAAAACACCAAAACUCGCCUGGAAUGGGUUCUAUAUAUAUAGAGAAAAUAUCGUUGCGGAUCGUUCAAAACCGGUCAGAGCUGAAUUGUUAAAGCAUUAGAAUUCGUAUAAUUGCACGGAAGAUAUAUCCGAUAGGAGAGGUCGCGUGACGCGCGAAAGAUCAUUGAUAUUAUCGCGUCGAUUUGCCGAUUUUUUAUUAUCGAUCAACCACGUCGUGAAUAAAAAAAAAAUAAAUGAAUAAAGGGAAAAUAAACCGGAGAAAGAAAGGAAAAAUAAUAUACGAUGAAGGAUAGUGGAUAAAGGAGGAUAGAUGAUGUGUAUGUGUGCGCGAAACAAAAAAAAAAAGAGAUAAACAAAGGAAAGAAAGAAAGAAAAACGAGUCUGCCGCUCGUGCGAUUCCACGGAAGUACGCAACGACGGUAUCGUGGAUAUAUAGAAUUAUUGCGCGAUGUCCUUAGGUGGAUACGAGUUGCCAUCGAUUAACGUUAUGAGUACUACCGUUCAUUUCCUGAGCUAUUUCUCUGUG